GCAGUUGUCGAAAGUUCCCGAAAUGAUCAAGUCAGGUAACUCCGUUAGAGCAGCCGGUUCGUCGUUAGUCGUAUCUCGUGUUUAUUCAAAGUGUAUAAACUAUCGACUCGUGUCAUCUUUUUGUUAAAAAAUAUAUGACCUCAAGUUACCGGCGAUGUUUGAAAAAUCUCUCCCCGACUUAAAACGUAGCUAUUAAUAUAAAAUAUUGACACACGGAGCCAGAAAACGAAAUUCGAGAAAGCAAAAAAUUUAUUGUCAUUUGAUAAAAUUAUUAAGUACAUUUUAGUAUUUAAGUGAUCAUCGAUUAACAGCCACAAAAUGGGGAAAAUGUGGGGAAAAGAAGUGUUUGCUUUUGCUUUUUUCUUCUUCGUUGCUUCCUUUCCAAAAGAUAUCAAUGGAGUUGCAGUCAUGAGCGUUGAUAUUGGCAGUGAAUGGCUAAAAGUUGCCAUUGUUUCGCCAGGUGUUCCAAUGGAAAUAGCUUUGAAUAAAGAAUCAAAAAGGAAAACACCAAUGAUGCUUUCAUUCCGUGGGAAUGAGAGAACAUUCGGUGAAGACGCGCAGAUCAACGGUUUGAGAUUCCCAAAAUCAAGUUUUUCACACUUUAUUGAUCUCCUUGGCAAACCAAUCGAUCAUCCAAUCGUUCGAUUGUACAGCGAGAGAUUUCCUCAUCAUGAAUUGAUUGCGAACGAAGAAACUAAUACGGUAGCUUUUCGCACGGACGAUAACACGACUCAUAUGCCAGAGGAGUUGCUUGCUCAAAUGUUGCACAAAAGUCGUGAAUUUGCAGAAAACUCAGCACGUCAAAAGAUCAAAGGUGCGGUAAUUAUUGUGCCGCCAUAUUUCAAUCAAGCAGAAAGGAGAGCAGUCAUGCAAGCCGCCGAAUUAGCUGAUUUGAAGGUUCUUCAAUUGCUCAAUGACAAUAUUGCUAUUGCCCUGAAUUACGGUAUUUUUCGACGAAAAGAAAUCAACGAGACUAGCCAAUACGUUCUGUUCUACGAUAUGGGAGCGAGCAGCACACGAGCCACCAUAGUUUCUUACCAAAACGUCAAAUCCAAGGACAAAGGUUAUGCGGAGGUGAUCCCUCAAUUGAGCGUUCUUGGCAUUGGUUACGAUCGCACUCUCGGUGGCCUAGAAAUUCAAAUACGUUUGCGCGAUUAUCUCGCCCGGGAGUUCGACAGAAUGGGAAAAACUAAGAACUCUGUUUUCAAAAAUCCACGCGCCAUGGCGAAACUCUUCAAAGAAGCUGGACGAGUCAAAAAUAUUCUCAGUGCAAAUUCCGAUCAUUUCGCUCAGGUCGAGGGUCUCCUCGAUGAAAAGGAUUUUAGGUUCCAAGUCACGCGUGAAAAACUCGAAGAGAUAUGCGCUGAUGUUUUCGAGCGCAUUGGUGGACCCAUUCAGAUGGCUCUUGACGUUUCCGGUUUGUCGCUCGACCUCAUUUCGCAAGUUGUGCUUGUGGGAGCAGGAACGCGGAUGCCGAAAAUUCAAGAAAAGUUGGUGGAGAUCGUUAAGACAGAUUUAGCUAAAAAUAUAAAUACCGACGAGGCUGCAGUUUUGGGGGCUGUUUACAAAGCCGCUGAGCUCAGCGAGGGAUUUAAAGUUAAGAAGUUCAUUACCAAGGACGCUGUUCACUUCCCCAUCCAAAUUGUCUUUGAUAGGAACAUUGAUGGUAGAACAAAACAGGUACGGAAAACUCUGUUCGGAAAAAUGAACACGUAUCCCCAGAAGAAAAUCAUCACGUUUAAUAAACACAAAGAAGACUUUGAAUUUACCGUACAAUAUGCUGAACUGGAUCAUUUGCCGAAGCACGAACAAUUAGCUUUGGGUUCAUUGGCGUUGGCGCGUGUACAAUUAACUGGGGUCGCGGAAGCAUACGAAAAACACGCACAACAGAAGGCUGAUAGCAAAGGAAUUCGUGCGCACUUUAAAAUGGACGACAGCGGAAUAUUGCAUCUCCAAACUGUAGAAUUAAUGUCCGAGAAAUCCGGCCAGAUCGGCCGUGAUGAAGAAGAAGGUACCUUUUCUAAACUUGGUUCAACGAUAAGCAAGCUCUUUUCAGGAUCGGACGGAAACGAAAAUGCUGAAAAAGUCGAAGCGAAACAAAAGGACGAUGUAAAACCAGUUCAUGAGGAAGUUCCAGAAAGUUCAAGUACGGAUCAGGGCGAAAAAUCCACCGCCCAAAACCAAACAAAAACGAGCGAAGAAAAAGUCGCAAAUCGAACGGAAAAAGUUGAAAAGAAACCAACAAUUACGACCAUCACAGACGUCAUUAUGUCAAGUGUGACGACAUUGGGGCCUCGUACUCUGCAAGGAGAAAAACUGCAACAGUCUCGUAAUAAAAUCAAGGCAUUAAACGACUACGACAGGGAAAAAAUGCGCCGUGAAACAGCACUGAACAGUUUGGAGGCGUUUGUGAUCGACGCGAAGCAAAAAGUUGAGACGGACGAAUACAAAGCGGCAUCAACCGCAGAAGAGUUGCAGACUAUAGCUCAAGCUUGCGACCAAAUUCAAGAUUGGCUCUAUGAGGACGGAUUCGACGCUGCGGCUGAAGUUUACGAGGAUAAAUUGCAAACGGUUCAAAAAUUAACAAAUGAUCUUUACGAGAGAGUUUUCGAGCAUCGUGAACGACCAGACGCGCUCAAAGGAAUGUCUUCGAUGAUAAACGGAAGCACGAUUUUCUUGAGAAACAUGAGAAAUCUCACCGAAGCCGAAGAAAUAUUCACGGUCGUCGAGAUGGAAACGUUUGAACGAAUUCUCAACGAAACUCAGAACUACUAUGACGAAAUACUAGGUUCUCUGAAAGACACCGCUCUUUUUGAGCCAAUAAAAUACCGAGUUCAAGACAUCGCCAAUAAAAUGGCAAUAUUGGAUCGAGAAGUGAAGUAUUUGGUGAACAAAGCCAAAAUAUGGAAGCCGAAAACGGAAAAACCACUAACUGGUGCACCCAAACCAUCCGAAGAUCAAUUACCGAAAGGAAAACCAGUGUCGGAAUCGACUAUUGAAACUCCAGAAAAGGCAGAAGACAUUACAAUAGAAAACGAGGAUCUCGCGACUGAGAAUGCAACUCAAGGACAGGAAGACGAGACGCUAAGGAGCCCCGAAGACAUCACAAUCGACGAAAAGAAACUUGAAACUAAAGACAAAACUCAAAAACUCGACGAGACCACGGCAAAAACGAAAAAACCGAAAAAGAGUGAGGAAAAAACGAUACACAAAGAAGUCGAUGAUGACUCUCACGAGGAACUUUGAAAAUACUUUUUUUUCCAAAAUCAAUACGAAACGAGAUUGUUCGAUCUUACGUUCGCUAGCUCAAUACUUGAAUUUGCAUUUUUCCCCGGGAUUUCGCAUACUUUUUCAUAGUUAUUUUCAUGCGUUUUCCAGCUACAAGAUAUUUCUCCUCGUUCGUCGUCUCGAAAAAAACGUCGGAUUUUCCACUGAAUAUCGUAGCUCCAAUUCUGUUUCAUAGGAAAUUCUUUUUAUUCUUCUCUUGCAUUCGUCAACUAUUUAAUUCAGAUGAUUCCUCGAUCCCGCAUAUUCUAUUUCAUAUUUAUGAAGAUGUAGAUUUUUUAAUGCGAGAUAUGAAUAAAAGAAAAUAGAAGUAAUCAAUUUUGACAGCUCAUGAAUAAAUUGACACUUAAAUUGUACAAAUAAUUCGUUCACUCGUGAAACAAUUAGUUUCGUAACAUGGUGAGGGAGAUGAUUGAUGAUUUGUGAAACUCGUGGACUGUAUUUUAACGGGUUGAAUUUUUAACAAUUUAUACAGUUGAAGAGAUUUCGCCUCGUGUCGACGAUCGGCGCCGUACUGGCUCCUUACAGCGUCGCCCUCACCGUGUCCUUUUUCUCAAACAUUGCUUUUAGUACUCUCUCCAUAAACGCCCUCGAAUUGAAAAAAAUAAUCUUACACAAAGUUUCCGCGUGUACCGAAAAUUAUGACGCAUCCACACGAUUGUAAGUGCUCCAACCGUUCUAAGCGUUUUUUUUUCUAUAAAAAGCAUGAAUUAUUUUUCAGGAAUCAUUUAUUCUCGUGAUUUUGAAGAAUUGUAGUAUAAUUUGUAAUUAAUUAUGCGUUUUAUUUGUUUUCAGUUUGUAAGACAAUUGUAACAAAUAAUUGAUAAAUACGAAUUUGUGAAAAUGUU